AUGGCCAAAUUACUGCAAGAGUCGCUGCCCAAGACCAAAGCCACACGCGCGAGCUGGUUGGCCAAUCACCAGGAAUUGGACGACGACGAUCGAGUGGAUCGAGUCCAAUUUGUGGAUCUGUAUACGAGUUUUGUACUGCUCUUACUGCUGCCAAUCGCACUAGUCGCCUACGUGGUUGUCGGACUCGGCGCGAUGCCAGCACUUCUGAUACUGCAGAUCUACAAGACUACAGCUCUAAAAAGACCUGCAAAGAGUAUUGAAAGAACACUGGGCUUUCACCUAUUAGCGCUCUUAUUAGGGAUCGAAGCACUCCCGUGUCUUGUAUUUGUGCUGGUCUACUGGCUCGGAGCCUUUACGAUCAUUUUCCUCUUCAGUCUGCUCUAUUCAUUGGCGUCGCUGAAGAUUUUACUGCUAAGAGAUAAUCUGGCGCUUACACAGAGCUGCAGUCGGUGGCCCAAGUGGAGCUGGAACGAUACAGUGUGUGCACUGCUAGGGACCAUGGACAGACAAGGGUUCGUCAAGUUUGCACUCAAGUUCCCGUCUGCACUGGUGAUCGCGCCACUAUUGAAGUAUUUAUUCGGAUGCAACCCACUUCUCUAUCGACUCGCGAUCCGACAGCGAUGUCUGUGGACGUCUCCGCUGGAUUUCAACGACCAGAAGGCAGUGGCUGCCGUCGUUCAAGCUGCAUCAUGGACACUCGUUAAUCUAACAGACUUGUUGCCGCAACAAGUCAGUCAACCGCCUCGAAAAGAUGACCGAAUUGUCAGUGGCCACAUUCCUUUUCCAGCUCCGGAUCGUGUUAGCGGGACAGUAAUUGGCGUACUUACCACGAACUCGCUCGUGACGCUCGUCAACGCAGACCACAAUGUGAACGGCAGCAUUUUCCACAGCAUGACAGCGAAGCGCAGUAUCUACAACGUGCUGCUGUUCGUCUGGAAUCCGUGUCACUAUCUAACCGGAUACAUCGAGAUCAACCUGCAGCACGAAGGCGGCAUCGAACAAGCCAUGUGGUGUCUUGUAGGGGACAAUUACCUUGGACACGUGCUGUUUGAGCGCACGGAUGCCCUUUUCUGGCACUACGACCCUAUCAAACGCGGCCAAACGCAGCCCUGUAGUCUUCGGUUCAUUCGCGGUUCUAUUGCGUCGACAACGUCAGCAGACUCGGCGACUUUAGACCGGGACAAUAACGAUGAUAGACGUCCUGUUACCGACAUUGAAGCUAGUCGAGACAGCUACGGGACGAGAGAAGGUAUUGGGAGCUUUGAAAGCGCUUUGAGCCAUGGAAGUAUUGGCUCCGAGCAGGAGGAAGACGUGAACGAUUGUAGUCAUCGCGUUAACAUUGGUAUUUCUAGUAGCUUCAAGUCGUCCCAAGAGAUUGUAAAUAUCUCAGAGGAGAGAAGUACCAUGGACUCCGUGGCGAUGUUGCAGUCGGAUUUCAGCUCUACCUCGCAGUCAGACUUUACUGUCUCGGACCAGCGCCCGGAACGGUUUUAUAUUAUGUAA